CGGGCGCAGCAUCCUGGCGCGGGCCGGGCCGCCUGCAGCCACUGCGGUCGGGGAAGGUCCCAGCGCGGUCAUGGCCCCGCGAGGCGCCGGGCCCGGCCCAAGCGCACAGAACCCCGCGCAGUAGCCCGGAGGAGAGGCAGCCUGGACGUCGCGGACGGCCUGGCGGGCAGCAUGGAGGAGGCGCACCUGCUCUCGGCUGCGGACGUGCUGCGCGGCUUCUCGGUGACAGCCGAGGGAGGCUUGAGCCAGGAGCAGGUGGCAGACGCGCGGGAGCGGUACGGCCCCAAUGAGCUCCCUACUGAGGAAGGGAAGUCCCUGUGGGAGCUGGUGCUGGAGCAGUUUGAAGACCUCCUAGUACGCAUCCUGCUGCUGGCGGCCCUGGUCUCCUUUGUAAGUAAGCCCUCCCUGCCGUCCUGUGAGCCAGGUCCUGCCCGUCCUCAGAGCCGUAGGCUGCUCUCCUCUCAGACAUGGACACUCCUCAGGCUUCAGCUGCCCCACAGUGAACCCCUGCCUCCCACCUGAAUCCCUCUAAUCCAUUAAUGGCCUGGUGCGGAUGGCUUUCCAAGCCCCAAGCCUGCCUGGCCUGUCCCUGCCCUGGCCAGGGUCUGUCAACCUCAGCAUCCUUGACAU